CCGCGGGCGAGCGGGGCGCAGCCGCUGGCGGGCCCCGCGCGCGGGCCGUGGGCCAUGGCCGAGAGCGGCGGCUCCGGCGGGGCCGCCCCGGGCGGGGGCGGCGGAGCGGGCGGGGGAGGGGGCGCGGGUGGCGCGGCGUCCAGCUCGGGGCCCGGCGUCACCGACCCGGCCUCGCUGCCGCCCGGCGACCCGCAGCUCAUCGCCAUCAUCGUGGAGCAGCUCAAGAGCCGCGGCCUGUUCGACGGUUUCCGCCGGGACUGCCUGGCUGACGUGGACACCAAGCCAGCCUAUCAAAACUUGAGGCAGAAAGUAGACAACUUUGUAUCGACCCACCUGGACAAACAGGAAUGGAAUCCAACAAUGAACAAAAACCAGUUGCGAAAUGGGCUACGGCAGAGCGUGAUUCAGUCAGGAAUGCUGGAAGCUGGAGUGGACAGAAUUAUUUCUCAGGUGGUGGAUCCAAAACUAAACCACAUCUUCAGGCCCCAGAUAGAGAGGGCGAUUCAUGAGUUUUUGGCUGCACAAAAGAAAGAAGAAAGUGUGCCAGCUCCUCCUCCAGAGCCUGAGAACAAGGAUCCUCCUGCUCCAUCUCAGGAUGCCUCCUAAAGUGGGUUCCUGAUAUGAAGUGGCUGCAGUUGCAAAAUACGUGUCCUGGGAGACUGACAGUGGAUUCCUUGUUCCCUUUGGGGCAGGAUUACUCUCUGCCAAAGAUGAUUAACCUUUUUCAGACCUGUGGGAAGGCACUGAAAUCAGUGAAAUUCAGAUGCACCCGCGUGUGGAGGGGCAGCCAAAGCGCGAAGAUAUGUUUCUAUUAACUGCAAUACGGAGCGCAGCAUGUGUUAUGUAUUGUCGUUAGUCACACCUUCAGGCAAGGGGGUGGGAAGAAGAAAGGGAGUUGGCUCUAGUCUGGAGGGAGCGGGGAAGUGGGUUGAGAGGAUCCCAGGCUGGGCAGUGGGGAGAAAAGGAAGAUGUUUUGGGGGUGGGGUAGUCUCUUGGAGACCAAGUAAGAGCCGUCAGACUUUCUUUGAAGCGUCACACACCUCUGCUGCGUUACGCAGCACUGAGCAGUCGGUGCCAAGCCAGGUGUAACUCACGGCACCGCCUGCUUUAGGAACAACAUUUCCUGUUUAAAACUGGAAAGAACACUUCAGGAUCAAUUGUCUAGAUAGUUUCUGUUGCAUUGCAGGAAAACGUUUACAGUUGGCUAUGACUAUAGCUGAUUUAACUCUUAUUUCCCAGGUGACUCUGGGAAGCAAAGGGCACCAGCAUAGGUGAUCAGUUUGAAACUCUUUCGACUUGAAAGACUUUUCUUUCCUGUGAAAUUUCUCAGGUGCCUGGUGGAAACUGUCCUAUGCUUUCAGCUUGAAUGCAUGCAGUGUCCUCUGGAUGACAGUCAAGUAGAGAAUGUGAUCAAAUAUUCUGCCAGCAAACGUCCAUACCUUUUGCAAUAAAAGACUUCAAAAAGCA